UCGCUAACCUUACCGAUUUACAUCAAACGAGAUCGCGUCCGAUCCACCGCGACUCGGCGCGUUUACCUCCGAGGAUUCGUCGAGACUCGAUUAGAGAGGUUAGGAGAGACCGAGGAGCACGUGGCGCGCGUGCGUUUCGUCGCCGCGCGAGCCUACGGAGGCGCUACCGUAGUCCACGUAGCUACGAAACGAGACGAGGUUCCAGAACGUUCCACCGUCGGCGAGUAACGUAACGUCGGUAACGUAAAACUCCGACCGACCGCCGGGAAUCCUAUCAAACCGACCGAGUCGCCUAAAAUAAAUGCGCAGCCCGCGUGCGGGAUCUUCCCCUCCAUUCCCAAUCAUUUAGUACUAUGAUUUAGUACGUGACUGACAGAGCUUGCGAGUGGCCGCGAAUAAUAAGGAGUGACCCCGUCAACCGGUCGGCUCGAUAUGCUUCCACGCUUCCGUUCGACGAGAAUUGCUGUACUUUCAGAUAGACGAGUCGGUAGAGCACGAUUCGGAGGGUCUGCACCGCCGGGUCUUGAUUUCUUCCUCUUCAUGUCCGAUUUACCCGGAUCGGUGACAUUCGUUACGGAGGUGAUCUGAUGACUCGCUAUGACGCGCGUCCGGUCAUUAUACCACGACGUUAUGACUUCAGUGAGGAAGCCGUUUGUUGUAUUGCGGAUAUCUGCAGUAAAUAGUCCAAUGCUCAACGAUGAGUCCACAUUCUUGUAAGGAUCGCUCGCGCAGGAAAGCCAUGGCAUCCAAUGGAUAUCCCAGUGAUACAGCGUCGACCGAACAGAUCGAAAGUAACUCACCACCUUGUGAGUCGAUUAAUUCGAUGCCAUGGUUCGGAAUGGACAUCGGAGGAACCCUGUGCAAGUUGGUAUACUUUGAACCGAAAGACAUUACUAGAGAUGAAGCCGACACAGAGGUAGAGACUUUGAAAAACAUUCGACGAUACCUUACAAAAAAUUCAGCUUAUGGAAAAACAGGUCAUCGGGAUACUCAUCUGCAGAUGGACAAUGUCUCUAUAAGAGGCAGAAGAGGUACGCUGCACUUCGUCAGGUUUCCCACCAGCGAAAUGGGGAAUUUUUUGGCUCUCGCUAAAUCCAAGGGCAUGGCAACUCUCGUCACGACGGUCUGUGCCACGGGAGGAGGUGCCUACAAGUUCGAAGAAAACUUCAAGAAAGAAGUGAACAUGAGCUUGGCGAAAUUCGACGAACUGGACAGCCUGAUACGCGGCAUGCUUUACAUAGAAACGACGAAUCCCCGCGAGUGCUACUAUUGGUCGCAUCCAACGGAAGAUAGCAGGUGCCAAAAAGUCCCGUACGAUUUCUCCGAGCCUUAUCCAUUCCUGCUUGUGAAUAUAGGAUCUGGCGUGAGCAUCCUCGCGGUCUAUGGUCCGGAUAACUACAAGAGAAUAUCUGGAACAAGUUUAGGUGGCGGGACUUUUCUGGGAUUGUGCUGCCUCCUCACCGGGUGCAACAGCUUCGAAGAAGCGAUAGAACUGGCCACCGGCGGGGACAAUACCAGAGUAGACAAACUAGUUAGAGACAUUUAUGGAGGAGACUACGGUCCCUUUGGACUUACCGGGGAUCUCGUUGCGAGCAGCUUUGACCGUGUACACAGUUUUGGCCAGAUGAACUCGAAAGAUCGCAGGAACGCGGUCAGCAAGGAGGACCUCGCGAGGGCGACCCUUGUGACGAUAACCAAUAAUAUCGGGUCAAUCGCUCGCAUGUGCGCGGUCAACGAGAAGAUCGAAAGGGUGGUGUUCGUUGGAAACUUCUUGAGAGUCAAUCCCAUAUCGAUGAAGCUGCUGGCUUACGCCAUGGAUUAUUGGUCCAAUGGAACCUUGAAGGCAUUAUUUUUGGAACACGAGGGUUAUUUCGGAGCGGUGGGCUGUCUACUGCAGUUCAACGGCACGACGCACUAGAGACAUCCGUCAAGAUGGAUUCCACAGUACAUAGCAUUCCAGAAUCUGAAGAAAUUGAAAACAAGAUUUAACGUGACGUCGGUGCAAAAUUCAAUUGCGCGUCCACGUCAUCGUGAUCGACUUCUCGGGGAUGGGUACGGAGCCGGACAAGAGCGAGCAAAUCGAGUCUUCUUAGCACGUAAUUCCCGUAGAACGAGGUCGUUGAUUAAACGCCUCGGGCGAACGUCACACGCGAGUUUCGAGUAAUACGACCUCGGUUCGUUGACAUCAAAUGAACGCAAGCUUGAUGUAAGAGCGCACGCAACAAGGGCACAAAAUUCAUUAGUCCACGUGGUAUUAGGAAAGCAAAUGCCAUUUUCACCCCACCUUAUCCUUAAAAAUGACGUCUCACUCCCUCGAUACGCAUCGUCGAGGAUUCGCAUGGGCGAAACGCGCGAAUCCGAGAAAGUAAUUCGAUGAUUCUCUGAAAUCGUGCUCAGCGAGGGCUCGUGUUUCUCGGUUAUGUAAACGCACACCGUUGGUUGUGCAAAGCUUUCGACUAUUUUGCAGGGGUAGCGUCGACAUAUCUAGACUCGAUUGGGUCGUCGAUUUAGGCGAGUUUGUCAUCGUCGAGGAGGAAACUUGUCCAAUCUCGAAGUCGGCGGUCAGGUACUCUUGUACAUACACACGUGAUUAAUAUGCAAUGCAUAGCGUACUACUAUUCUGCGGAUCCUGAGUCCGCAGUUUUAUUAUGAGGUGCACGUAAAACGGUUUCGAGUUUCCGUGCACUCGGGUUAGAUGCUUCCUGCAAUUCUUUAAUUCUCACCGACGUGGCGAGAUUACCCUUGAGGCCAUUGCCUGCGUUAAGGUGUUAUGAAAGGGUCAUUCUAUAUAUUACAAAGAUUGAAACGAUUCGGUACACCGAGCUCGGAGAUAAGUUUCACAAACGAGACCACUUUGACGCCACUUUCACAUCACCUUAAGUUUAGGUGUACCCAAUUACGUACCGUGGUGGGCACAAUUAAUUAGUUUUACAUUGGUGACGUUUUUACUUGUUUAUAGGUCAUAUUAAAUUAUCCAGAAAUUGCGCGUCUCUCUCCUACCGGUUAAGCAAUUGUAAAUACGUCACGACGGUCGUCUGCGACCGACAAGUUUAGUUGAGAGUUUAGAUGAAAUUUCAUCGAUGUUUGCCCAUCGCUCGUUAUGCACGCGCACCGAAUUAACGUUAAUUGAAGUCAUUACCGAUAGCGUUCAUGGUAAACUGACAUAUCGAUUGUUGUAACGGCGGUUGCGUAAUUUAUUCCGUUGUUGCGGGCCUAAUGAAUCAGCUUAAUAUGAACGUUACGAUGCAACUAAAUUUCUACUGUAUACGUAAGUACAUACGUGGUAAAUGGAUGAUUUUUUAAAAAUAUAAUAUUCAAAGGAA